AUGAGGUCAAACGUUGUUGAAGGUCUUAGCAUUAGUGAUUUAGGGAAGUUUGCAUGCUCUUGGAAUGCUCAUUUUCGGAUUGGGACGUGUAGAGGUAUAAGAUGUGUGAAGAAUGUCACUAUUCAUACUUCUUCUAUAUUAUCUAUCAAUGCCGGGGAACACUGGUUAGGGAUUGGAGCUGCUGAUAAUUCAAUGUCUCUCUUUCAUCGGCCGCAAGAGAGACUUGGUGGCGUAUCUAGUGCUGGUUCAAAGAUGGCUGGAUGGCAACUCUACAGAACACCACAGAAAACCGUUGCAGUGGUAAGAUGUGUGGCUUCAGACCUUGAAAGAAAAAGGAUUUGCAGUGGUAGCCGCAAUGGCCUGCUUCGGCUAUGGGAUGCUACUAUUAACAUCUAA